AUGUUACUUACCUGUUCUAGCGAGAGCCCGAACGUCCUGGCGAGCAUCUCUGAGCCAGAAGAAAAUGCACCUGCGAAGCGAAGAAAGCUGGACAGUCAUAGAAACACAGAAGUUCGUAAUGAAUGUAACCCGGCUGCUACCCCGGACAAUUCAACCCACCAUGCACAGCAGGCCAAACUUGUAAUACAGAUUGAGGUUGAUGGUAGGCGACUGGGUAGGAGACAUCUGAGCAAUGAGCGGCGAAGAAUCUUCGAGUCGGCUGUCAAGUUAGUUGACAGAAUGUCACGGGGAGAGCACUUGGCUUUGCACGAAUCCAUCGCCCCAGGGGAAUCUGCACGCGAACUGCUCGAUAUUGAGAUUCCUCAAACUCCUCCAGCGGAAAUUCUGUAUAUGCUCCUUCCAGUUAUGGGCGAUGGACUCCAUCAUAUCAGAUGGCCCGACCAUAUAUCCGACAAGGCUUUUGAAAGAAUGAUGAGCAGUCUUCUCGAUGGUGACUGCAGGGGACGGCUUUUCUAUCAAUAUAGUAUUUGCGUCUAUGUGAAAGCAAUGUUUCACCUAUAUCAAUUGGCGAGGCGAUCGACAAACCCAUCGGUAAAGAAGCAGCUUCAGAAGUCAAAACGAACAUAUGAGGCUGCUGCGCUUCAAGCACUCAAGCAUAUCAAUCUGAUGUCAACGCCCAGCUUGUCGCUAAUUCAGGCUCUCCUAUCAGCUUCAAUGCUGGCUACUAAACUCAUAUGCUGCUCGCCAGGUCGUCUCUUUGAAUUAUCAUAA